UCACAUGCCGUCAGCGCGUAGGGUUGGGUUAGUCCACCAUCUUGGCUCAGGCUAGCUGAGUCCUAGCUCAGAGUAUGAGGAAAAUCCAACAGAACCAAACCCCUGUUGACUCGACCGAACCAGGGCUAUUACACGAAGUGGACCGGAGCUAGAGGCCGGCUGUCUGAGCCCGGCUUACUUUCUUCCUAAAAUAAACUGGAACACCGGGAACUGUCGGGCUGCUAACUCCUCGGCUAACUUAGGCGUUAAAGAGGAACUGUUGCUUCGGUUCCGUUUGGAUCCAUGACAGUUAUAAACUUCCGGGAAAAGAUCCGAGCCGAGCCGGGACAGAUAACCCAAGACAGGUGAUGCCGCGAGGGAGUUCGCUGAGAUAGAACCGAACCGAAGCCGGAGCAGUCGUCACCUUACAACCCGCUACGUUUGAGACAGGUGUUCCGGAGCGGACCCGGCGGCUUCAUGAGCGGACUUCCGUCACACUGACCAGGGUAAAAUGUCCACCAGGACCCCCCUGCCCACCGUCAACGAGCGGGACACCGAACAGCAUGCCUCUGGGGAUGACGGACGCAGUGAUACGUUGGCCCGCUCCGUCCGUUCUGCUCGCUGUAAAAACUCCUCUACGGUCACAGGAGAUGAUUCGCCUCAUGUAGGGAACUACCGGCUGCUGAAGACCAUCGGGAAGGGAAACUUUGCCAAAGUGAAGCUGGCUAGACACGUCCCGACGGGCCGGGAGGUGGCCAUCAAGAUCAUCGAUAAGACACAGCUGAACCCCACCAGCCUGCAGAAGCUCCUCAGAGAGGUCCGCAUCAUGAAGAUCCUGAACCACCCCAACAUCGUGAAGCUGUUUGAGGUGAUAGAGACAGAGAAGACCCUCUACCUGGUGAUGGAGUAUGCCAGCGGAGGUGAAGUGUUCGACUACCUCGUAGCUCAUGGGAGGAUGAAGGAGAAGGAGGCCAGAGCUAAAUUUAGACAGAUUGUCUCUGCGGUCCAGUACUGCCAUCAGAAGCACAUCGUUCACCGAGACCUUAAGGCGGAGAACCUCCUCCUGGACGCCGACAUGAACAUAAAGAUUGCAGAUUUUGGCUUCAGUAACGAGUUCACUUUGGGAGGAAAGCUGGACACCUUCUGUGGUUCUCCUCCGUACGCUGCACCAGAACUCUUCCAGGGUAAGAAGUAUGAUGGACCAGAGGUGGAUGUGUGGAGUCUGGGAGUGAUCCUCUACACUCUGGUCAGCGGAUCUUUGCCGUUUGAUGGACAGAACCUGAAGGAGCUCAGAGAGCGAGUGCUGCGAGGCAAAUACCGGAUCCCCUUCUACAUGUCGACCGACUGCGAGAACCUGCUGAAACGCUUCCUGGUGCUGAACCCUGGGAAAAGAGGAACGCUGGAGCAAAUAAUGAAGGACCGCUGGAUCAAUGGCGGGGAUGAGGAGGGGCUGGUGCCGUAUGUGGAGCCAGAGCUGGACAUCAGAGACCAGAGCAGGAUUGACCUAAUGGUGCAGAUGGGUUACUCCAGAGAGAAGAUCAACGAUUCGCUCACCAAGAUAAAGUACGAUGACAUCACAGCCGCCUACCUGCUACUCGGACGCAAGGCUGCAGAAGUGAGUGGUUACCAUGGAAAUGACCAACAAACAUCCCCGCCCUCCCAACUAACAGGAACCACUGUGUGUCUGUUUCAGAUGGACCUGGGCGGCGCGUCCUCCCUGCUUAAACCUAAUCCGUCCAGCAGCAGCCAUUCUCCCGCUCACCUUCUCAGCCAGCGCUCUUCUUCCUCCUCCAAACAGAGGAGGCACAGCGAUCAAGUGCGUCCCGUCUCCUCAACCGCCACUGCUUCCAGGCGAAAUCAGACCGCGGCUGAGGCGGAGCCUAAGCAGGAGGCUGGAGGCCAAAACAGGAAACCCGGUCCGGGGGAUGCGGGCAGUCCGUUGCUUGGCAAUGCCACCAACCCCAAUGUAGGCGACAUCCCUGAUCGCAGGAAAACGUCAGCUACAACCACCACGUCAUCAUCCAGUAUGACGAGGAGGAACACGUAUGUCUGCAGCUCCACAGACAGAACGUCUGCCUCUGCAGUCCACAACGGCAAAGAAAACAGCUCGAUCAGCACUUCCACUCAGCGCUCGGUGGGUGGAGCUUCCACCCACAGUGUCAGCAGUGGAGCCACGCCUCCAGACCGGCUGCGUUUCCCCCGCGGGACGGCGACCCGCAGCACUUUCCACGGAGGACAGCUCAGGGAGCGACGUACCGCCACCUACAACGGCCCCCCCGCCUCUCCCAGCCUUUCUCACAACGCCACGCCGCUGGCUCAGUCACGGGCGCGGGGCUCCACCAACCUGUUUUCCAAAAUCACCUCCAAACUAACACGAAGAGGGACGUCAGAGGUGGAGAGAAAUGGCAGACUUGAAGGCUCUAGCCGCAACGUGACGUCCGACCAGAGGGAGGAGCCUGCAUCUCCCGCCACGCCCCACUCAAAGGACGCCAAGCCGCGCUCCCUGAGGUUCACCUGGAGCAUGAAGACCACGUCCUCCAUGGAGCCCCUAGACAUGAUGAGGGAGAUCCGGAAGGUCCUGGAUGCCAACAACUGCGACUACGAACAGCGCGAGCCUUUCCUGCUGCUCUGUGUCCACGGCGACGGGCACGCCGACAGUCUAGUCCAGUGGGAGAUGGAGGUCUGCAAGCUGCCCCGCCUUUCACUCAACGGAGUCCGCUUCAAGCGCAUUUCAGGAACCUCCAUCGCAUUCAAAAACAUCGCCUCAAAAAUUGCCAAUGAGCUCAAACUAUAGGCACACAGGUACAGGGAGGGACAGAUAGACAGAGACAGACGAGGACAAGCAGGGAUUGACAGAAGACAAACGGAAAGAGGAACAGGAAGGAAUGGGAAGAGACAGGAGUUGUUCAGAUGGACUGAGAGAGGGUGAUGGGGAGAGACAAGUAGGAUUAGACAAAAACAUGGACAAGGGAGGGUCAGGUAGAUGGAGACAGAGGGACGAGGAAGGAUGGGCAGAUGAGAAGAGAGAGAAAGGAGAGGGUUCAAAUGGACUUGAGUGUGACAAGGAGAGACAUGGAGGAUGAGACAGACAGGAACAGGAAGCUAUGGACAACGAAGAAGAGAUGAGUCAAAGACAUGCAAGGUUAGACGGAGAGGAACUGACGGAGCGACUGACUGAUGUCUUCCUGUUUGUCCUGGUCAGGAGCAAAUCUGAGGUUGACCCUUCUGAGCUGUUUGAUGAUUGGUUGAUUGGUUCCAGUUUGAUGCGUCACGAUGAUGAUUGGACUAGAUCGGCUGUUUCCCUCUCCUGUUCUCCUUCUGCUGAUUGGACACUCGUCUGUAUCUCUGUAGCCGGGAUGAGUGGACAUUGCUGCAAAGCAUUAUGGGACUCUGAGUCCAGCUGUUAGUUUUUCUCUUCAGAGUCUCUCUUUGUUUUUGUGAAUGUAAAUAGUUUCUCACCUUGUUGAUUUUGUACAUGUCAGCAGUCAGCUGAGCAGCAGCUGACUGAAGCUCAGGCCCACCUGUGUCUCAUUAAACACGUUGAACGCA